AUGGAAGAGCUCACCGCUUUCGUGUCUAAGUCUUUCGAUCAGAAAGUGAAGGAGAAGAAGGAAGUGAUAACCUACCGGGAGGUGUUGGAGACCGGGUCGACGCGAGCGGGCAGCAGGGAGUCUUUAACCGCGGAGCCCGGGAGCCGAGAGGAGGCUGCCGCCGUCACCCGGAACGGAGCGCUCUCGCCGGGCAGGGAAACGGACAUGCUCGGCCCGGAAAGAAUCAGGGAUGCCGGGAGCCCCAAACUCAUAGACGGCCACACGGACGUGAAGGAGAGGAAGGAGGACUCGAAGCCUCUAGACGACGAGGCGCAGACUAAAAUCAAACAGAGGAGAAGUCGGACUAACUUCACGCUGGAGCAGCUCAACGAGCUGGAGCGGCUCUUCGACGAGACGCACUACCCGGACGCCUUCAUGCGGGAGGAGCUGAGCCAGCGGCUGGGGCUGUCGGAGGCCCGCGUGCAGGUUUGGUUCCAGAAUAGAAGAGCCAAAUGCAGAAAGCAGGAGAACCAGUUACAUAAAGGAGUCCUGAUUGGAGCAGGGAGUCAGUUUGAAGCUUGUCGCGUGGCGCCAUAUGUCAACGUGGGGGCUUUACGGAUGCCAUUCCAACAGGUGCAGGCGCAACUGCAGCUGGACAGCGCGGUGGCGCAUGCGCAGCACCACCUGCACUCUCACCUGGCAGCGCACGCGCCCUACAUGAUGUUCCCGGCGCCGCCGUUCGGUUUGCCGCUGGCGACGCUCGCGGCCGAGUCCGUCUCCGCGGCUUCCGUCGUGGCCGCGGCCGCCGCCGCCAAGAACACCAGCAAGAACUCGAGCAUCGCGGACCUGAGACUGAAGGCCAAAAAGCACACGGCCGCGCUGGGACUGUGA